AUGGCAGUCGAUUCACGCGAUACACCCCUAUUGGUCCCACGGCCAUCCUCCGAUGACCACUCCUCCAUUCGAGCCGAUGAAGAAGAAGACGCCCUCUUAACCGGCGAGCAUGCGGCACGACCAGAGUUUCGCCAGGGAGAGCGCCGAGGCUGGGCAUUUUGGCGAGAAGUCGGAUUAUUUACGUGGGCACUUAUCGCCACGAUCCUGGUAAUCGUACUGGCCGUGGUCUUCCAACACGAAACGUCGAAAUCACACAGCCAGAAGGAGAUAUGGGGCCCCGGUGGAAAACCUACAGGCAAACGCAAUUUGAUCUUCAUGGUCUCCGACGGCAUGGGUCCAACCAGUCUUUCGAUGACAAGGAAUUUCCGCCAGUACACAGAGGGCCUCCCAGUUGACGAUAUUCUCGUUCUGGACCGGCAUUACAUCGGUACAUCUCGGACACGAUCUAGCUCUAGUCUUGUCACGGACUCUGCGGCUGGAGCGACGGCCUUCUCCUGCGGAUAUAAGAGCUAUAAUGGAGCUAUCUCGGUGCUUCCCGAUCAUUCACCUUGCGGAACGGUAUUGGAGGCCGCCGCUUUAGCGGGAUAUAAGACUGGAUUGGUUGUCACUACACGGCUGACAGAUGCUACGCCAGCGUGCUUUGCUUCACAUGCCAACCUGCGACAGUACGAGGAUAGCAUUGCGGAACAAGAAGCCGGCGAGCACCCUCUAGGACGAGUUGUAGAUCUGCUGAUGGGUGGUGGAAGAUGUCACUUCCUGCCCAAUUCUACUAGUGGCAGUUGUCGAGCGGAUGAUCGGGAUUUGAUCGACGUGGCGGCCAAGAACGGAUUCAAUUAUGUGAAUGAUCGGGCUGGGUUCGAUGCGCUCAACGACGGUUCCCAAGCUAAAUUACCGCUGAUGGGUCUUUUUGCCGAUAAAGACAUUCCGUUUGAGAUUGAUCGCCGCUCUCAGAAUGACGUUUAUCCAUCUUUGGAGGAAAUGGCUCGCACUGCGUUGAAUGCACUGAGCGAGGCAACGCGCGAUAGUGAACACGGGUUUUUCUUGAUGAUUGAGGGUUCGCGUAUCGACCAUGCUGGUCAUGGAAAUGAUCCUGCUGCUCAGGUUCACGAGGUAUUGGCGUAUGACAAGGCAUUUGCUGCUGUUUUGGAUUUCUUGGAUAAGGACUCUACACCUGGCGUUGUAGUCAGCACCUCUGAUCACGAAACCGGCGGUUUGGCAGCUGCUAGACAGCUUGGUGUGGAAUACCCGAAAUAUGUCUGGUAUCCAAGUGUUCUAGCAAAGGCCAAGCACUCAUCUGAGUUUGCCGAAGCCAAGCUUGAUGAAUAUCUCUCCGGAGCUGGUGUUGAUGCCAAAAAAUCAGACAAGAAGAGCUAUGUUCGUGAUACACUCUUAGAUGAGUACCUUGGCAUCGAUGACGCCUCUGACGAAGAAUUGGACGCCAUCAUCAAUCCUCCAGCUGGAGUUGCCACCAAAUACGUACUUUCCGACAUUAUCAGUCGUCGAGCACAGCUUGGAUGGUCCACACAUGGCCAUUCUGCUGUUGACGUCAACAUUUACGCAUCCUCUUCUAGAGACUCCUGGCCACUCGUCGGUAAUAACGAAAACACCGACGUAGGCGGUUUUCUUGCCGAGUAUCUCGACCUCAAAGUUGACGAGGUCACCAAACUCCUCCGCAAAACAGCUUCAUGGAGUGCGAACUCGGAUGCCUCCACUGCUUCCCAAGGAAAUUUUGAUUGGAUGGGCGAUCCGUUAGGGUCGGAUGUCGAGACAGAAGGUCUUGACACAUAUCAUGGAGAAUUCAAAAAGCGAUCUUCCGAUGACUGUGGAUGUGGCGGACAGCACUAG